AUGGCUUCGACUGCCACGAAAAGGCUGAUGAUUGAAUAUAAGGAAUUAACGAUAAACGCUCCGGAAGGGAUCACAGCCGGGCCGGUAUCGGAAGACCAAGUAUUCGAAUGGGAGGCUUUGAUAGCAGGCCCUGAAGACACACCGUAUGAAGGCGGAAUAUUUCCCGCAAUUCUCAAAUUUCCAACAGAUUAUCCUUUAGCUCCACCAACAAUGAAGUUCACCUGCGAAGUUUUCCACCCAAACGUUUAUCCUGAUGGCUUAGUAUGCAUAUCCAUCCUCCAUCCACCGGGUGAUGACCCGCACAUGUAUGAAAGUUCGUCAGAACGAUGGUCACCUGUACAGAGUGUGGAGAAAGUUUUGUUGAGCGUGGUAUCUAUGCUCGCAGAACCUAAUGAUGAGAGCGGAGCGAAUAUCGAGGCUUGU